ACAACUAAACAUAUGGUGCAUUUCACAAAUUUCAAAAAUGCCAACAACGUGAAUUUUGGCAGAUUUUUUCGUUUCAAUUGGAUGGUUUUCCUUGUAUUGCACAAUAAAAUACAUUGGAAUUGUGUGUAUGGUGCAUUUGUUAAAUAAUCUGCAAAGAUCAACUGCCGGUAAACAUUCAUCGCUCGGUAAAUAAAAAAUAUCGUUUGGAAGAUUUCCAAACAUGAAGUGCUACUACGAAGAAUUGGGGGUGUCGCGAGACGCCAACGAUGCUGAUAUCAAGACUGCAUACCGCAAAUUAGCUUUGCGUUGGCAUCCUGACAAAAAUCCCGACUCGCUCGAUGAGGCAAAGGAACGCUUUCAACUUAUACAACAAGCGUAUGAAGUGCUCUCUGAUCCACAAGAAAGGGCAUGGUAUGACAAUCAUCGUGAUCAAAUAUUACGCGGUAAAAACUCCGAAUAUACCGAGAAUUGUCUGGAUGUGUUUGAAUAUUUCACUUCAUCAUGCUUUCGAGGAUAUGGAGAUGAUGAAAAAGGAUUCUAUUCAGUAUACAGGCAGGUGUUCGAAAAGAUCGCCGCCGAGGAUGCCGAAUUCAUCGACGAUGAGGAUGAAGUUGAGCAGAUACCGACAUUUGGUGAUUCAAAGAGUAGUUAUGAAGAUGUUGUUGCACCUUUCUACGCUUAUUGGCAAGCGUAUUGUACUAAGAAAACAUACACAUGGCUGUGCCCGUACAACGUAAAAGAGAUAAGGGAUCGGCGUGUGUUGCGCGAGGUUGAGAAGGAAAUGAAGAAAAUUAUGCAGAAGGCGCGUAAAGAACGCAAUGAAGAGGUUCGAAAUUUAGUAUCCUUUAUACGCAAACGAGAUAAGCGAGUUCAAGCGUAUAGAAAAGUGCUGGAGGAGCGUGCAGAACUUAACCGCAAGAAGCAAGAGCAGAAUAGAUUAGAGCAAAUACGUAAACGGCAACGUGAGCUUGAAGAAAUGCGCGCAAACCAUAAACAACAUAACCAAAAUAAUGAUGAAUAUGAAACGCUGCUUAAGCAACUUGCACAAGACUAUAGUGACAGUAGUGCGGAAGAAGAUAGCGAAACAGAUGAUGAUGAAGACGAGGGAGAUGAAAACGAAGUAUUAGAAUCUGGAGAGGAGGACUUCUAUGUAGAUGAUCUUUACUGUGUGGCCUGCAACAAGGCAUUCACGAACGAGCGCGCUUAUGCCAAUCAUGAAAGCAGCAAAAAACACCGCGAAGCCUUGGAACGCAUGAUACUAGAAAUGCAGGCAGAAGAGGAAGCGCUUCAACCAAAUAAUGACGCCGAGGAGGAGGUGGAGAGUGAAGAAUUGGUUGAUAAUGGAGCAGAAGAAGUAGAAAAGGAAGUUCAAAGGCAAACGGAAGAAUUCGUUGAGGCGGCUAUUGCAAGUGUAACGCUUGAAGCAAAGGAGGAGGAAGAACCUGCCAGUAGGAAAGCGAAGAAGAAUAAAAAAGCACGAAAAAAUGUUAAACUCAAUAAAUCACAAAAAACCAUCGAAGAUGAUGAACAGGAAGAAACCGUUUCUGCAGAUUUCCUAGCGCAAGCAAAAAUAGCUGACAGCGAUGAAGAAGAUUGGAAUAGUAGUGGUAAGAAGUCAGCACGUAAAAACAAAAACAAGAAGCAGGUGAAAAAGGCUUCUAUGGAAGAUGAAAAGGCAAACUUGUCAGAACAAAAUGCUAAAGUAACAGAGAAACACGAAGACAAAGUGACAAUUCUUCAAAAGGAAAUUGAUGAAGUUAGUGAAACAGUUGCAGCAGAUGUUGUUGUUAAGAAAACCCAACCCAAGGCAAAGUCAAAAGACGUUGAGGAGUCUACAGCAACGACGAAUGUGUGCGUGACUUGCAAGGCUACUUUUCCUUCUAAAAAUAAACUUUUCAAUCAUUUGAAGAUCACCAAUCAUGGCGUGUACAUACCAAAAGCGAAAACGGAAGUGAAUGCAGCAAGUGCGGAGGGUAAGAGUAAGAAGGGUAAAGGUAAAAAGAAAUAAAUGAUAGUGGGAAUAUGUAGUGUCUCCUAUUAAACGAAAAAUGCGAAUUUUCUACUUUUUGAAAAGGCUUGAACUGUGAAAAUUUUAGUAAUUUAUAUUAUGAUUUUGAAUCUAUGCUAUUUCCCUAGCUUUACUAAAAAUGUAACAGUACAAUGUCUUAGGAAUCAUUUUCUAGCAUGCUUUAUGGCGUUCUUAGUUUUGGUAUAUUUGAAUGAAGCCUAAAAUAUGGGAGUUGAAAAUUUUAAAACACAUGCAUAGCCAUGUAAUUCAAAAUUUUAGGUUUUUAAAGAGGUAAAGCUGAUGCAGUAAAUUUAGUACUACACUUUUAUUUAAUUUGGGUUGUGUUUUUGUAAGAUCAUAAAAACUCACCAAAAAGUCUUAGUUAUCUCUUCCAAUAUUAUAAAUAGAUAUGUAUAUAUUUGAUAUGUGAAUUAGAUAAGGAAAAACUUUUCAACUACUAAAAAGCGUUUUUAAAAAUGAUAAUGAAUACUUUACAAAAAAGCCAUUAUUAACUUUAUUUAUUUCUAGCUUAUUGACGUCUGCUUUUUUAAAGCACAAUUUAAAUAAAAUGUGAAUGUUUUACUGCCCCAAGUGCCACUCUUAAAAAUUAUUUCUUACCGACUCGAUGCAUAGCUGUAGACAACUAGAUUUUCGAAUUGAUCCGCAAUUCAUAUAAUUUGUUGUCUAUUAUAUUUGCUUUAAAAAAAUUAUUCUGCAGUACUUACAUACAUAUGUAUGCGCUUAUGUUAAUGCAUCUCAUAAAACGUAUGUAAGAUAUAUGAAAUGCAGAUAUAUGAAGUGCUAUUCAGCCCAAAACUAAUUAAA